GAAAAUCUGACUGGACGGCUGCAUUCUAGCGUCAUCCGCGUACAAGGAGCGUCGCAGUUCGAUGACGGAAGAUAAUCUAGACGCAAACAUGGCUGACCGAGCAGCGUUGGAAAGAGAGAUAGAGAAGUUACAAAAUCUAAUUAAGGACCACAAAAGAGUUCACGGUGAUGCUGCGCCGAGUUCAUCUCAGUGGAUUCCUACAAAGCGUGGCCUGGGUAGGGGACGAGGGCACAACCCGUAUUACAUUCCUUCCUAUUCACAGCUGACAUAUGCGCCUGACUCUACUAGCCAGUGGAAGAAAAAAUACUCGCUCAACAACACAACGACUAGACCCCCAGGAGAAAGACCUUCACUGAUUUCUGAGGCGAAUCCAAAAAAGACCAGACAAGUCAACCCUGUGGGAUCCGAUGCUCACUCUCUCUGUGUGGCCAGUAAGGUUUUACAUGAAGGGAUGAGAAAAGCGAGAACAGUGCCUUUAAGCAGCAUAACAGGAAAGGAGUCAUUACUUCAGAUUAACAAUGUUCCAGCUGAUGGUGGGGACAGGACAGUAUUAAAAUCGACAAGAACUGAGUCUAUCGUAGACCCGAUAGAUUCGGGUUUAUUAAAGUAUGGACAAAAGAGUGCCGCUGAUGUAAAGAUGAAACCGGAUGCAACAUCGAAUACAAGCUGUUCAGCGGCUUUGAUGGUUCCCUCGUCCAAGGAGUCCAGUGCCUCCAACAAAAAGCACACUGCACCUCCCCAAAUUAAACCCUGCCUCAAAACUACACUUUCAAGUAAUCAGACUGUAAAAAUGCCUGCUAAGGAAUCACCCACUCCCUCGUUGCCUACGUCGAAGGUCAGUCUUCAAGCAGAUUCGCCUCCAAAGAUUCAGCCAGCUUUGUCCCCUCAUAAGAAAUCUCGAUUUACCUGGGUGAAAAACCAAUGGACUGAGACCAGCCAAACAACAGCAGAGAUCCACCAGUUUUCACCAAGCUCUGCUUCAGCAUCUAGUGCAUCUCCGGUGGUGCCCAAGCACACCCAAACCUCUAGCAAGAAGCUUCAUCGCAAGCUCAGUUUUUCCACCAGCUCCUCUAGAACCUCGAAGUACUCCUGGGUGUCGUCUUCAUGUUCCCCCACAGCAUCUGCCAAAUCCACCUCCGCUAAACUCCCACACAAGCGCUUUUCCCCCAAAGCGCUCAAGGUGAUUGGAAAAACUUCAAAAGAGGGACUAGAAGGCAAGAAACUUACAGCUACUUCUACCGUAUCAAAAAGGGCUAAAGUCAGUGCUUCUACGUCUCAUGCGAGCCAUGACAGUCGCUACUGCUGGAAGGCAGUCGCAGCAGCCUCCUCUUCAGCAGCACGCGGGUCCACGCCGAGGUCUUCACGCAAGAGCUCAGUGUAUCGAUGGACAGCGCAGAAGGACGAGAAGGAUUCAACAUGGUCGGCGUCACGAGUUCAGCAAAGUCCUUCCACUCCUCUGUCUAGCACUGGAUUCAAGCUGAGGAGCAGAACCAAGAUCAUCAGUCCUGCUUCAGAGAGAAGACCCAAUGUCGGCAUGGUGUACAUCAGGAGUCGGUAUUCACUGCGCAGGAGGACACACACUCCUGUGAAGAUCUCCCCCAGACGAGGCUACUCCAGAGUUCUGGUGUCUGUGGGCAGGCAUAGACUUCGGCGUCUGUCUCCAUCCAGCUCUUUCACUGCUCCAGCCGGUUUGUUUUUGAAUGAUCAAGGUUCAUUCUCUCAGCCGAUACGGAAUCCGGCACCUCACAGGGGCAUUAAAACGCGCUACAAGAUUGACACACGUAGGGUCCAGCUCCAGCACCACAACCCCGUCCUCUCCUACAGACUCAAGAGAGUUCAGUCAGCAAGAUUUCUGUUGCAGUCUCGUCUGCGUACCACUCCGGAUAGGCAGUGGAGGGGGCGGUGCAUGCGCUGGAUCAGCGGUUCACUCUACAGGGUCUCAGCCAAUAAGCUCUCCCGCACUCAUACUCCCAGCACCCCAUUCAACAGAUCAGGAAAGGUUUUUGGUCCCCAAGAAGCAUUCUUUGGCAGUAGCACAUGUAGGACCUCCAUCUCACGACAUGUGGCCAGUCGGGCAGUGCAGAAGAGUCUGGCUAUCAUUCGCCAGGCUAAUCAGAAGAAACAGCAGGCCAAAAACUACUGCAUGUAUUACAACCGCUUUGGCAAGUGUAACCGUGGCACAGCUUGCCCCUUUAUCCACGAUCCAGACAAAGUUGCCGUUUGCACCAGGUUCCUUAGGGGCACGUGCAAACAGACAGAUGGGACGUGUUCUUUCUCACACAAAGUGUCCAAAGAGAAGAUGCCUGUGUGUUCGUACUUCUUGAAAGGAAUCUGCAACAACAGUAGCUGCCCCUACAGCCACGUCUACGUGUCUCGCAAAGCGGCCGUGUGUCAAGACUUUAUCAGGGGCUACUGUCCUCAGGGAGAGAAGUGUAAGAAGAAACACACACUAGUGUGUCCAGACUUCUCCAGAACUGGUGUGUGUUCCCAAGGCACUAAAUGUAAACUGCAGCACAGACAGAGGGUCAAGCGUGCUGGGUCCAGCCUGAGCUCAGGCUCGGGUAAAAGAGCUCGCAGCCGCGAAUCAACAAAAAGUCCAAAGCCAGAACCAGAGUCCCCUCAAGCAGUGGAGGGAACACCUAAGGCUGGUUUUGCAAGACUGCCCUCAUUCAUCUCUCUGUCCAGUUCCCCGGAGCCCUCUGAAGGUGGUGAGAGCCCUCUAUGCCACCCUGGAGCAGGGGCAGAGGGCACAGGCAAGAAGCUGCACAUCAAGCCCCGCUUCUAGAGCCAAUGCUGAA